UCAGUUGUUGACCAUCAGGAGCCAAUUCAUCCACUGUUCAUCUCAUCGAGCAACAAUCGAGAUGGGCGCGGGGUCAUCGUCCUCCAUCCACUCGGCUGACCUGCCGAAGCUGCUGUGCUGCGCGUGCGUGGAGCAGUCGACGGUGGCCAUGGAGGAGACGUGCGGGCGGUACGACACGGUGCUGCAGCCGGGUUGCCACUUCAUGCCCUGGUGCGUCGGCCGGAGGGUCGCCGGCUACCUUUCCCUCCGUGUGCAGCAGCUGGACGUCCGCUGCGAAACCAAGAGCAAGGACAACGUCUUCGUCACCGUCGUGGCAUCCGUGCAGUACCGCGCCAUCGCCGACAAGGCCUACGACGCCUUCUACCGCCUCAGCAACGCCCGGGAGCAGAUUCAGUCCUACGUCUUCGACGUGAUCCGUGCGAGCGUGCCCAACAUGAACCUGGACCAGGUGUUCGAGCAGAAGAACGAGGUGGCGCGGGCCGUGGAGGAGGAGCUAGCGAAGGCCAUGACCAUGUACGGCUACGAGAUCGUGCAGACACUCAUCAUCGACAUCGAGCCCGACGAGGUGGUGAAGCGCGCCAUGAACGACAUCAACGCCGCGGCGCGGCUGCGCGUGGCGGCGGCGGAGCGCGCGGAGGCCGACAAGAUACAGCAGGUGAAGCGCGCCGAGGGGGAGGCCGAGUCCAAGUACCUGGCCGGCGUGGGCGUCGCGCGCCAGCGGCAGGCCAUCGUCGAGGGCCUGCGCCGGUUCGUGCCCGACGAGAAGUCCGUCAUGGACAUGGUCCUCGCCACGCAGUACUUCGACACCAUCAGGGACAUCGGCGCCACGUCGCGCGCUGCCACCGUGUUCAUCCCGCAUGGUCCCGCCGCGGUGCACGAUAUGGCGGCGCAGGUCCGCGACGGCGUGCUCCAGGCCGCGGCGUACGCCCCCGGCGCCGGAACCAAGUGACCGGCCGCCGGCGCACCGUGCCUUUCCUCACUUGCCGCUUGUCUAUUCUUAGUUUUUUUUUUUAGUAAUGUCUAUUCUACGUGUAUGCUUGUAUUCGAAACCUGGCCAUCUGUAUGUGUUUUGUUGCCUUGUGUUGAACCUUUACUUUACUGAGUGAAAUACACAAAUGUAUACUUCGAGAUGUUUAUAUACGGCCGUGCGGAAACGGGGAAGGCAAGAAGAGGAUUCGAGACUAAUAAAAUUGCCUC